GCUGUUAAUCUCUAUAGGGAAAAUUUUGAAUGGGCUCACGGGUGGCUGCUGAUCAGGAAGCUAGGUGGAACGGUAUUGCAUUUUGCUGUAUCCCACGGCCGAGAUAAAAUUGUUGAACAACUCGUAGAAAUUUGUGAGAAAAAGGAGCACAAGGAGGUUCUAAAAAUCAGAGACAUGCAAGGGAAUGUCCCUUUGCAUUUGGCAGCAUCAACAGGGAGUCUGAGGAAGUGUAUCUGCAUUGCUAAAGCUGAUCCGUCAUUGGGGAAUGAACGCAACAAGGAGGGUGAGAGCCCUCUCUUCUCGGCUGCUAUUCUUGGUAGAACCGAGAUCUUCCUUUGCCUCCGUUCUAUCUGUAAAAACGAACUACACAGUUCCUACUUUCGAAAAAACGGUGGUGAGACUAUUUUACACUGUGCCAUCAAGAGGAAUUGUUGGGAUUUGGCAUAUCAGCUACUUCUCCUAAACCAUUCUAAAAAGAAAAAGCUACUUCUCCCAAACAGUGGACUUGCUACUUCCGUGGACGAGAAACUUGCUACUUUUGUGGACGAGAAAGGAAAUACGCCUCUCCAUUUCUUAGCAGAUAAGCCUUCCGCCUUCAAAAAUAUUCCUGAUCGUGACUUGGACUGUAGCUUACGACCUUCAGUAGAAAUUUGGAAGAAUUCACAGCCACAGAAACAAAGCUUGUUUCAAAAACUGGAUAACGAAGGGAAUAGUGCAUUGCACCUUGCAGCCACACCAAGUGAGCAGAAGUCUGGACUAAUUCCUGGGGCUGCAUUGCAAAUGCAAUGGGAGAUCAAGUGGUAUGAGCAUAUAAAGAACUCCUUGCCACCAGGCUUCCUUCAUCUCUUAAACAACGAGGGCAAAAGCUCAGGGGAGAUCUUCAAGGAAAAUCAUAAGGAUCUUGUCGAAAAGGGCGGGAAGUGGCUAAGCAGCACAUCGAAAGCAUGCUCAGUUGUAGCAGGUCUCUUUGUCACAGUUGCCUUUAACAUGUCAACCACUGUGCCUGGUGGUGUGAAUCAAGAAGGCACUCCUAACCUCGAAAACCAGAUACCAUUUUAUAUUUUCGCCACCUCAUCCUAUGUCUCCUUCUAUUCUUCACUAUUAGCGCUGAUCAUGUUCCUUGCAAUCCUCACCUCCGGGUACAAAGAAAGCAGUUUUCGUAGUACCCUACCAAUCAAGCUUUUGUUGGGUUUAACAGCAUUCUACGUGUCUAUAGUAUCUACCUCCAUAUCUUUUUCUGCAGGACAUUUCUUCAUCGUUAAAGAUAAAAUGAAAUAUGCAGCUUUUCCGGUAUAUUCUGGGGUAUUGCUGCUGUUAAUAUUCUUUGUUAUAGCAGGGUUUCCGUUGUACUUUCAUUUGACAUGGGCUAUCUUCAAGAAGGUGCCACAUCAUCACUACAGGAUAACUCGGGCUGGUUUUCAUCUUAAACAUUAA